AAGGCGACGCGAACUUUUUCCCGAGCCCCUCCCACCUCGAGACGCGCCACGACCACCACCGCCGCCGCCGCCGCACGCCGCGUCUACUGCUCCUCCGCCUUGGCCUAACCCCGUCGUGGGAUGCUAACCGCACUAGGCGUCGACGGAUGCCCCCGGUCUGGUCCCCUCUCCAGCAGCGCGCACUAGGGACGUGAUGCCAGAUUUUGAUUCCGCGCCGCCAGUGGCAAUGGAGGAGGAGGAGGAGGAAGCGACGGCGGAGCGCGAAUCCACUGCCGCCGCUGCUUCAGCAUCGGAGGUGACACUAAAAUGCAAGAAGAAGAACAAGGAGGCGAAGGCCAAGGGGAGGGGGAUGGCCGAGCAGGAACCCACGUCCGCUGUUGUUUCAGCAUCGGAGGGGACACCAAAACGUAAGAAGAAGAAGGUGAAAAAGAAAAAGCAGCAGGAGCAACAGGAAUGCCUACCUGGUUCUGAUUCUGUGGCGGUGGCGGAGGAGGUGAAGGGAAGGGGGAUGGAAGAGCAGGAAGCCACCAGCGCUGCUUCUUCUGCAUUUGGGGGGACACGAAAACGGAAGAAGAAGAAGAAAGAGGAGGCCAAGGUGAAGGAUAGGGGGAUAUCGGAGCAGGAAGCCACCACCGGUGCUGUUUCAGCAUCAGGGGGGACACCAAAAUGUAAGAAAAAGGAGGUGAAGGUGGAGGAGCGGGGGAUGGCGGAGCAGGAAGCUACCACCGCAGCUGUUUCAGCAUCAGAAGGGUCAUCAAAAUGGAAGGAGGAGGUGAAGGCGAAGAAGAAGGGAAUGGUUGAGCAGGAUGUCACCACAGCUGCUGUUUCAGCAUCAUCGGGGACACCAAAAUGCAAGAAGAUGAAAAAGAAGAAGAAGAUGCAGGAGCAACUGGAAUCCCCACGAGCAUUGUCGGUUGUUGUUGCAGUGGAUAAAAUUGUGGUGAAUAAAUCUGGAAAUGGCUGCGCAGAUGGUGAAGGGGCAUCAAGUGACGCUGAUGUUAGUAUGGAUCCUGUAAAUGGAGAGGAUCCAAGUUGUGCUCAGUCAAAGGCAAAGGAUGCUGAUGAUUUGGUGGAGAGUAAAGAUGGAAAGAUUGGGAUUAAGAAUUGCUCCAAGAACCGCGGCUCAUUUCAGGAGAGCUCUGUAGGAAGAAAGAGACCAAAGAAAAAAAGGAAGCGGGGUUCAUCCAACAGAGGUCCAGUCUUCUCGUCUCAGAAUGGAGACAGGGUUGCUAAGCAUGGCCUGGAUUCUUCAACAGAUCAUGACCUUAGCUGCAUAUGCGCUUUGUGUUUAGUUCAGGCACACAAAGAGAAGGUUAGGAACAUCUACUCAGCGAGAGGAUCCCUGAUAAGGUUUCAGAGAAAAAAACUUCUGAUCCUGGAUCUGAAUGGUCUGCUUGCGGAUAUCAAUCAAGAUUACCACAAUGCUCAUAUGGCACAUGCAAAAGUUAAAGCCAAAUUAGUCUUCAAAAGACCAUACUGCGAUGAUUUUUUGAGAUUCUGCUUCCAGAAUUUCGAGCUGGGAAUAUGGUCGUCAAGGAAAAGGGAAAAUGUUGAUUCAGUUGUUAAUAUCCUUAUGAGGGAUCUCAAGCAGUACCUACUUUUUUAUUGGGACAUGUCUAGUUGCACUGUUACUGGAUGUAACACAAUUGACAAUAAGCACAAACCUUUAGUACUGAAGGAACUAAAGAAAUUGUGGAAUAAAGAGGAUCCUAAUCUUCCAUGGGAGCAGGGAGAGUUUUCACCUUCAAAUACAUUACUUGUUGAUGAUUCUCCCUACAAGGCUCUGUGCAAUCCACCACAUACAGCCAUUUUCCCCUACCCCUACAGUUACCUUAACCAGAGGGAUGAUUAUUCAUUGGGACCAGGAGGAGAUCUUCGUAUUUACCUAGAGAGACUUGCUGCUGCAGACGAUGUUCAAGUUUUUGUUCGGGAUAACCCAUUUGGUCAGCCCUCCAUUAAGGAGAGUGAUCCAAACUGGAAUUUCUAUGUGCAAAUAAUUGAUAAAGUGGAGAAGUCUUUAUCUUGAAGUGCAAUUGUGCAUGGAGGUUCAAUCUGCUAAAGUUUUGUGUUCGCAUGUGUUGCUUGGCAGGAAUUUUGCGUUGGGCCAGUGCAACUACGUGUAGUCUAGUUUAGUGAUUGUUGUGUCAUAGGCGGGAUGAGGUUGCUGAUUCCAAAUUUUGUUACCUCUCUGUUGCUCCAGAAGAUGGUACAAGUUUGCCUGUACUAUAAGUAUGCCUUAGUGACGAAACUAUCAUUGCCCUGUAUCAAGGAUUACAGGGUUGUAACUGUUAGUUUCAAUUGGAAAUUUUGAUGACUAUGUUGUAAGGAUGUUCCAAUUUUUGUGGAGGUGCAGUCUCUUUUGCCAAGUCUUGUAAUUGUUACAAAGUCAUUGAAUUCUGCACCAGCUCCACUGUUUAUUGCCAAUGGCAGAACUGAUAGUAUCAUUGCAAAAUAAUAUUUUUGUUCAUUAAAGAGAAAUAUGACUUGCCAAUGACACAA